UUGAGGAACGGUCGUGCCACUCGAUGCUGUGUCUUAACGCGAGCGAUUUGUGAAAACACGAUUAUGAAUACGUACUUCAAUAACAAAUAUCAAACUCGUCUUAUAACAACGAAACUCAAUCAAUACUACACCACGAUUAAAACGAACAGUUAUUUACAGUUUUAUUUCAAAUAAUACGUAUUAGAAGUUAUUGUGGACUUAGUGAAAAUACUGAACGUUAGAAACUUAUGGAAUGUGUGAAUCUUACUAGUAAGAAAAUGUGCUCCAGUGCAAUUACAAGGACUACGUAUUAAAUUAAAACGGAAUUGAUUUAUAAAUUGAUGGAUACUUCACAUCCGGCAAGGGGACACAGCAAACGAAUGCCGACGGAAAAAACAUGACACUAAGCUUUCUGUGUCUUGAUUUUCUUCUAUCUUGAUGUUUGAUUUUGUUCACGAUGGCUAUUCAAGAAAUGUCUUUCAAGAAUUCAUUCAUCAGCCAAAUCACAUUUCUAUUUGUUGUGGCACUCAAUGUCGCUGAUCAGAGCUCAUUACCACUGAAAUAUGAAGCUCCCGAUGAUUGUCAGUGGUGGCUUAAAGGCCCCAAUGAUGCACAUGAAGUAUCUCUUACGUGUAAGUUACGAACGAUUAAUAGUGAGUUCGACACUACAAACUUCAGUGUUAUUCCUUCUGAGCAUACAACAUCGCUAAGAAUAGAGUGCAACGAAGAAAUGAUGUACAAAAGCUCUUUGGACGAUCGCAGUUUCGCCCAUUUAGUGAAACUACGUGAGCUUAUUUUGGACAACUGUAAAAUUGGAAGAUGGCCACCCGGUGUUCUCUCCGGUUUAAGAGAUCUUCGAAAUUUAACGAUACGAACGAAAAAUACUGAGUGGGCCGCCAUGAGCUUGGAGAUUGCGUCUGAAAGUUUUACUGCGGUACGACAGUUAGAGAAAUUAGACCUAAGUUUUAACAACAUCUGGUCGUUUCCUGAAAAUUUAUUCUGCCCUCUCACUAAUUUAGUUUAUUUAAACGUUUCCUCGAAUAGACUUCAGGAUGUCAGCGAUUUGGGGUUUAGAGAGAGAGCAAUGCAUCAAGCUUUAAUUAGUGAUCAUGAGGGACCACCACCAUCUGCAUCAAUGCCACAUGCCUCGUGCUCGUUGGACAUAGAAGUCUUGGAUGCAUCAAACAAUCAUUUUGUGCUGAUGCCAGAAAAUGGUUUCCACGCCCUACGAAGGCUAAAAGAAUUACACAUACAUGAUAACGAGAUUUCAAUGGUUGCUGACAAGGCCCUAUCAGGCUUAAAACAGUUACAAAUUAUAGACCUCUCAAACAAUAAAAUUGUUGCUCUCCCACAAGACUUAUUUAAAGAUUGUAGACCAGUGAUAAAAGAAAUAUACUUACAGAAUAAUUCAAUCAGUGUGCUUUCACCUAUUUUGUUUGCUAACCUUGACCAAUUGUUAGCAUUGGAUUUAUCAAAUAACCAUCUUACAAGCACUUGGAUAAAUGAAAAUACUUUCGCCGGUCUUAUUAGAAUGGUGCUACUAAACUUAUCUAACAACAGAUUGACGAAGCUUGAACCCAAAAUCUUUAAAGAUUUAUACACACUGCAGAUUUUAAAUAUACAACACAAUAUGUUGGAGAAUAUUGCCGCCGACACAUUUGCACCAAUGAAUAAUUUGCACACUUUAAUUUUAUCUUAUAACAAAAUUACUCAUAUCGAUGCCUACGCUUUGAAUGGACUUUAUGUAUUAUCUUUACUAUCAAUUGAUAAUAACCGCCUCGAAGAGUUGCAUCCAGAAGCAUUCCGUAAUACAUCAUCAUUACAAGAUCUAAAUUUAAACGGCAACCGCUUGAAAAAAGUGCCCAUAGCGCUCAGAAAUAUGCGUUUAUUGAGGACACUCGAUCUCGGCGAAAAUCAGAUAACAUCUCUGGAAGAAUCGGGCUUUGUUGGUCUUCAUAAUGUAUACGGAUUACGUCUUAUUGGAAAUAAAUUAGAAAAUAUUAGCAAAGACGUAUUCACAGACUUGCCGUCUUUGCAAAUUUUGAAUUUAGCAAGAAAUAAAUUGAGACAUAUUGACAUGAGCGCAUUUGAGUCAUUAAAAAAUUUACAGGCGAUUAGAUUAGAUGCGAACCAACUCACAGACAUCCAAGGCCUGUUCGUAAAUAUACCUUCUCUGUUGUGGUUGAACGUGUCAGAUAACAAAAUAGACUGGUUUGAUUACUCUGUUAUACCCACGGGACUACAGUGGUUAGAUCUCCACAGCAAUAACAUCAAAGAAUUGGGAAAUAACUAUCGCAUAGAUAAAGAGUUACGAUUACAAACUCUCGACGUAAGCUUCAACAAAAUGACGAAGAUAUUUACAUACUCUAUUCCCAGCAGUGUUGAGCUUCUUUUCUUGAACGAUAAUCAAAUUACACAAGUUGAAGCCCAAACUUUUGUCGGAAAAACCAAUUUAACGAGAGUCGAUUUGUAUGCAAAUCAGAUCACUAGUAUGGAUCUCAAUGCGCUUCGCUUAACUCCAGUUGAUCCGGGGAGGCCUUUGCCCGAAUUUUAUAUCGGUGGAAAUCCCUUUCAGUGUGACUGUACUAUGGAGUGGCUUCAACGUAUAAAUAAACUAGAUCAUCUUCGGCAACACCCUAGAGUGAUGGACUUGGAAAGUAUUUAUUGUAAAUUGUUAUAUAAUCGUGAAAGGACCUAUAUACCGCUCGUAGAAGCGGAGUCAUCUCAGUUUUUGUGUACAUAUAAAACGCACUGUUUUACAUUGUGUCAUUGUUGUGAUUUCGACGCUUGUGAUUGUGAAAUGACGUGCCCAUCGAACUGUACGUGUUAUCACGACCAACCGUGGUCGGCUAAUAUAGUGGACUGUUCGGCAGCUGGGUAUGCCGAAAUACCCAGCAGUAUUCCUAUGGACGCUACAGAACUGUAUUUAGAUGGUAAUAACUUUGGUAGUUUAACAAGUCACGCCUUCAUUGGACGUAAAAAUUUAAAAAUAUUGUACGCGAAUAACUCAAACAUCGACGCGUUGUAUAAUAAUACAUUUAGUGGACUAAAACGCUUGACUGUGUUGCAUUUAGAAAAGAACAAUAUUAAAGAGUUGUUAGGAUUUGAAUUAUCGCCUCUUGAAAAUUUACGUGAAUUGCAUCUCCAAGACAAUAAAAUACAUUAUAUCGAUAAUAGAACGUUCAUAGGACUUAUGUAUUUAGAGGUUUUACGGCUCGAGGGAAACAACAUUUAUAGCUUCGCCGUGUGGCAAUUCACGAUGAAUCCAUAUUUGGUUGAGAUAAGUCUUUCACGCAAUCCUUGGUCUUGCGAUUGCCAAUAUAUACAUAAAUUUAGAAGUUGGUUUAAAAGUAACCUAGGCAAAGUUGAAGAUGCAGAUAAAAUAACAUGCAUUUUUGACAAUUUAACGAAUGCUGUUGGGCCGCAUAUGACAGAUUUUAACUCGACAAUUUGUACAAGUCAUGUUGGUGGAGUUUCAUCUAUAAUAGAGAAUCAAGUGAUAAAUGAUUACCUGCCAUUACUUCUAAUAUCGCUGUGCGUAUUUGUGAUAAGCUCUGUCCUCAUAUGCGGCGUGUUUUACUGGAGACGUGAGCUUAGAGUGUGGAUUUACUAUCAUUGCGGAUUCCGCAUGUGCUAUAAAAGCACGGCCUUCGAUGAUGAAGCUGAUAAAGACAGGCUAUUUGACGCCUACAUAAGUUAUAGCGUGAAAGACGAAGCUUUCGUAGCUCAAAUGCUUGCACCUGGAUUGGAAUCUACGGACCCAAGCUUCCGUUUGUGUCUACAUUAUCGGGACUUCAACGCUUCGGCCUACGUGGCUGAUACAAUAAUAGAAGCCGUUGAAUCUUCCAAACGAACAAUCAUAGUGUUAUCUAAAAACUUUAUUAAUAACGAGUGGUGUAGAUUCGAAUUCAAAACGGCGUUGCACGAAGUAUUAAAAGAGAGACGUAGAAGACUGAUAAUAAUAUUGUUAGGUGAUUUACCGAAUAGAGACAUCGAUCCCGAGUUACGGUUGUGUUUGAAAGCGAAUACGUGCAUCGAGUGGGGGGAUAGACAGUUUUGGCAAAAGUUGAGGUUCGCGAUGCCGGACUUGCGGAAGUGUCAGUAUCACCGGUCGACGGUGAACAUUUACGCGUCAGUGUCGCCGGUGGGGGCCGGGAGGGCGCCGGCGCCGCCUCCGCCCCCGCCACCGGGCAAGCUGCCGCCCUUGCUGGCGGACGGGCUGGCCGACCGGCUGGCCGUGUCCACGAGCGUGCACGCGCGCGACCCGCACCCCCACCGAAUACCGCCGCACGCGCAGUUGUGGGCGUAGCGUAUGCUCCAACGCAGUGCCUCCACGGAACGCGCUGCGUACACCUGGCUGCCAGAUACCAGGAUAGAGUUCUCAUCACCCUACAGUCGCCGACAGAGUUCCACCUCCACGGUCUACGAGAGUGACUGAUGGUGUGACUCCUUCGACCAGCUCGAAGAAGCAUUGUUAUAGACUUUUGUGCGCAACUAUACAUCGAUAUGGAUUAGCUUAGCUGUACAUACGUUAGAUAAGUUUGUUGAUUGUAACGUGUUACGUGGUGAAUAUUUAUUUUGUUAUUACUAUGAUUAGACGUUUGGAGUUUAGAGGUUAGAAGCCUGAUACAAUUUCGUACACAGACUUACUGAUAUUCUAGUCACUCAAUAUAAGUUAUCAUUAGCUCCAAAUAAAUUAUACUGUUGUGUGACAGGCUUUUAACUUCGUUAAACGGUAACAAUAGUGUACAUAAUCCAACAAAAUUGUAUGACAAUAUACGUUUCCCCUAGUACUUAUUUGCAAAGACCUUCACUACCAACAUUCAAAAAUAUCUUCAAAAAAUUCUAACACAUUCUAACAUAAGUUCUAUUAAGUAAGAAAAUUUCAACAGAUGUUAAAAAUAUGAGUACUAAAUUCACGUCAGAAGGGGAAUCUUCUUACAUUUUUGCUCAUAAAUUUGCUAAUAUCCCCGCAUUUGCAGAGAUGGGCGCGUAAAACUUCUUAGUUACAGAAAAUGAAUAUUUAUGACGUAAAAGUAUAGCCCAUUUAUGGGCGAAGUUAAAAAUAUGUAUUCUAUUGACUUAUUGGUACUGUAUCAAUGUAAAUCUUAAGCCGUAACUUUUUCUUUGUUAACUUCGAUAACGAUAUAAUUAACGGCCAUUACUUGAAGCUCUAUUUUAUCACAGUUUCCUAUACCCGUAAAUUAUAUCCAAGAUAGUCGUAGUCCGUAUAUUGUUACUAAAUUUACCCAGUUUUUUAAAAUUCCUUAUUAUCUCUUCUCUCUUAAUGUAGCUUGUAAUAUAUUAAUUAUCUUUGUAUCGAAUUUCUUGCCUACUUAGAAAAUAAAGGCAAUGAUAUUAUUAUAAUUUUUAUACUACACAUUUCUUAAAGAUAUUCUUAUCCUCAUAUUAUCCUCCUCAUAUUCCAUUUUACUUUUAUUAAAUCAAGGUAUUUCAACAAGUUACUUUUGUUACUAAAAC